CCGAACAUCGAACCAAGCGCAUUCGCGCACGCAUCGAUUACACCAUGUCGUACACAUUCUCUAUUCUCUCGCCUCUCGACGUCCCUCUCUUUACCCACGACUUCGGCACAUCUCGCAGUGGCGGAACCGGUGUUGCAAACUUCACCCCAUCUGAGCGCGCCCUUGUCCCGUUCAUCCUACACUCCUCGCUUGACAUUGUCGAAGAAGUACAGUGGGGGCCGUCCUCAUCCAGCGGCUCCGCGCCCAUGUAUCUCAAGCAUAUCGACAAGUAUCAGAACUGUUUUGUAUCAUGCUGGAUAACAGGCGGGAACACUCGGUUUCUCCUGCUCACAAGGCCUCGAGACGAGAGUCUAGGGCUUACCAGUGGCGGCGCCGGAGGUGCGAGGGGAAGUCUGGCAGGUGGGCGAUCGGCGCUGAGUGGCGGUGGAGGACUGUACAAUCCCAACAGUCCUGCGACGGAAGAGGCUGUCAAGAACUUCAUGGUCGAUGUGUAUGAGGCGUGGGUCAAAACUAUCAUGAAUCCGUUCUUCGCAGUCGGCAACGGGGAUGUGAUUAAGAGCCCAGUGUUCAGGCAAAGAGUUGCGACAGCGGCAAAGAAAUACUUGUGAAGAUGUUAAGGGCACAUGGAAAUUCACGUGAGGUUGAAACUAUGGCUUCGAUAGAGCUAUAAACACUCGGCUAUGCGGGUAGAACACUAGAAGUUCAGUGAGAGAGCUUGGCUUAAGAUGCCUUGCAAGGACACGCCGAAAGACAAGGCACUAAUAACCUGCAACUAUGGGACGAGACAUUGAGAGGUAUGCUUGCAGAGCAUAGAGGCACCUGUCUGCAUUCACUCGCAGAAGCUACGGAGAGCAAAUUACUCUGCAAGAUCUACGAAGUCUAUCUACUAAGGGUGUGGUAGUAGACCUUAUUUAGCAACUCUUCUUAGGUAUUAAGAGAUUUGU